AUGGAUGUGGUCUCAGUUUUGGUGCCUAUCCUGGAGUCGGGAACGCUGGCGCUACCCAGUCAUGGUGGAGUCCUCAAGGCUGCUCCUGGGUUUCAACUUUCUGCAACUCAACGGCUACUAAGUAGUGCUACAGGACUGUUUAGACAACAAAGCUCAAACUCUUCCAUGUUGGAGAGAAUGUGGGCAAAGCUAAAUGUAGAACCCCUGUCAAGAACUGAACUACAGCAGGUGAUAAUUACCACUUACCCACAGCUGUCCACUGUAGUGGACCGUCUGCUGGACAUCUACUUUAUGUUGUCUGCUGGAAAGCAUGAGCUAUCGUCUGAUUCCACUGCAGAAGAAUAUGGUUUGGACUCCAUAGGAAAGUUCCUGUCACAUGAUGGCAGGCUGAUUUCAACAAGAGAUCUUAUUAAGUGGUGCCAUAGAAUUUCAAAGGACUUUGAUGUAACUCAGAGUGUGACAGCUAAUGUGGUCCUGCAGGAAGCAUUGGACUGUUUCUGUGCUUGCCUAUCCAAACCUGACAAGAGACUACCGCUGGCAGAGGCCAUAGGUGCCAGACUCAAUGUUACCAAAGCUAAGGCUGAAUAUUACUGCUGCAAAUACAAACCAGAUGUUGAGGUCUCUCAGUGCUCCCUCAAGUCAGGAAGGGCUAACAUACCAAUAAAGAUGGCUGAAACUUUGGCUCUGAACAGGCCAUCAGCUGUGAAUUUUGCAUUCACCAGAGAUGCUGCUAUUCUGUUGGAGAGGGUAGCAGUGUGUGUGGCCAACAUGGAGCCUGUACUGCUGGUAGGGGAAACGGGAGUUGGCAAGACAUCAGCUGUGCAGUAUCUUGCCCAGCAAACAGGUCAUCAUUUAAAUGUGAUCAACAUGAAUCAACAAAGUGACAGUGCUGAUCUGCUGGGAGGAUUUAAGCCUGUAGAUUUACGUCUUGUGGUUGCCCCAUUCAGAGAAGAUUUUGAAGCAGUGUUUUGUCAGAGUUUCUCAAGGAAACAGAAUAUCAAGUUUUUAGGUCACAUACAGGAAUGUUUUGCAAAGAAGAGGUGGUCUGAUCUUUUAAAAUUGAUCAGUCAUACUCAGCAACAAGGAGUUAAGAAAUAUGAAGAAGGAGUCGAGAUGCAUGCUAAGUGGGUGGAUAUUGGUAAAAGAUUGCAGCAGCUGAAGAUUCAAAUUAGCCAGACAGAAAAUUCUCUAGCAUUCACAUUUCUUGAGGGAACACUAGUGAAAGCACUGAAGGCAGGAGACUGGGUGCUACUGGAUGAGAUAAACCUGGCUACCACGGAGACACUGGAGUGUUUGAGUGGGUUACUGGAGAGCACUGCUGGCUCUGUGGUCCUUAUGGAAAGAGGGGACACCAAACCAAUAGUACGUCACCCUGAGUUCCGCCUGUUUGCUUGCAUGAAUCCUGCAACUGAUGUAGGCAAGAAAGAUUUACCCCUAGGAAUUAGAAAUAGAUUUACUGAGAUAUUUGUGGAUGAGCUAGAAAGUGUUCCAGACCUGAAAAUCCUAGUCAAUGAGUAUCUGAAAGGAUUAUCCCUCACUGCUGCCCAGGUGGAGGGUAUAGUGAAGUUCUAUUUGACCAUUAGGAAUGAAGCAGCCAAGAAACUGACAGAUGGUACUGGACAUCGUCCACACUACAGUCUGCGGACACUAUGUAGGGCACUGAAGCACGCAGCAUCAAACCCAUGUGGAACUGUUCCCAGAUCUUUGUAUGAGGGAUUUUGCUUGAGUUUCCUGACACAAGUUGACAGAUCCUCACACCCUGUAGUAGAACAGCUCAUCUGCCAGCAUAUCUUAGGGAAGUCUAACAUGAAGAGCAUUUUGAAGAAACCACUCCCUGAACCCCAGGGUGGUGGCAGCCUGCUGUUUGAAGGCUUCUGGGUCCCCACAGGGGGCAAGGAGCCACACACACCUGAGAACUACAUCCUUACCCCAGGCGUGAGGGCAAAUUUGAAAGAUUUGGCUAGAGUGGUGUCUGGAGGGAGGUACCCAGUGUUGAUCCAAGGAGAGACAUCUGUUGGAAAGACCAGCCUGAUCAACUGGCUGGCCCAGUCCUCGGGGAACCACUGCGUGAGAGUGAACAACCACGAACACACAGAUAUACAGGAGUAUGUGGGCUGCUACACCGCAGAUGAGAUGGGGAAACUUGUUUUUAAAGAAGGUGUGCUUGUGGACGCCAUGAGGAAAGGGCAUUGGAUAAUCUUGGAUGAGUUGAAUUUAGCACCCAGUGAUGUAUUGGAGGCUUUGAACAGGCUGCUUGAUGAUAACCGAGAACUGUUCAUACCAGAGACCCAGGAAACCAUCAAGGCACACCCACGCUUCAUGUUGUUUGCUACUCAGAAUCCACCUGGACAGUAUGGUGGAAGAAAGGUUUUGUCCAGAGCAUUCAGGAACAGGUUUGUGGAGCUUCACUUUGAUGAGAUUCCCAGUGGCGAGUUGCAGACCAUCCUUCAUCAACGAUGCCUCAUUCCUCUGUCUUACUGUAAGAAACUGGUGGUGGCCAUGCUGGAUCUUCAGACCAGAAGAAGAAGCACUGGGGUGUUUGCAGGGAAACAAGGCUACAUCACUCUCAGAGAUCUCUUCCGCUGGGCAGAAAGAUAUCACCACACUAACAAAUCAAAUACAGGGAAAUAUUAUGACUGGGAUCAACAUUUAGCAGACCAUGGAUACCUCCUACUGGCAGGGCGAGUGAGAAAGCCAGAAGAGGCUGAUGUCAUACAGGAGGUCAUACAGAAACACCUGAAAAGAUCAGUUGAUCCAGAUAGACUUUUCACAUUGGAUGAUUCCACCUCUCCAACCACCAGGGAACUCCUGUGCCAGUUCACUCAACAACCCCCUGAAGGGUUCAGACAUAUUGUCUGGACUUACGGUAUGCGGAGGAUGGCUGUGCUGGUAGGGACUGCACUACAGUUUGGGGAGCCUGUCCUGUUGGUGGGAGAAACUGGUUGUGGGAAGACCAGUAUGUGCCAGCUGUAUGCAGAGAUGGCUCAGCAGAAGAUGUUUGCAGUGAACUGUCACAUGCACACGGAAAGUUCAGACUUCCUGGGAGGGUUGAGACCAGUCAGGCAUGCUAACUCACAGGAGGGCUCGAGCGACUCAAAGAAAUUAUUUGAUUGGGUAGAUGGCCCCUUGGUUACAUCCAUGAAAGAGGGAGCCAUGUUUCUUGCAGAUGAAAUCUCCCUGGCAGACGACUCUGUGUUAGAGAGACUUAACAGUGUGUUGGAACCAGAACGUACUCUCUUACUGGCAGAGAAAGGGACAAGCACUGGCCCUGGGAUGAAAGAGGAAGCAGAUGUUAUUGUUGCAAAGGAGAAAUUUCGUCUUUUUGCCACAAUGAACCCUGGAGGAGAUUAUGGGAAGAAAGAACUUUCACCAGCCUUGAGGAACCGUUUCACAGAAAUCUGGUGUCCACAGACUACAGAGCGCCAGGACCUUGUCAGCAUUAUAGAACACAAUCUAAAGUCUGGUAUUCAUCUGUGCAACCAGGAAGAUGGCACCAGUGGAAUAGGAAGAGCCAUCAUGGACUUUGUUGAAUGGUUCAUCAACAAUGAGGCAGGAAAGCGGAGCACAGUGAGCAUCAGGGACAUCCUUUCAUGGGUUCACUUCAUCAACACCUGUGCCAGGACAGUGGAAGCAGAUGGCAUGGAAACUGACAGCAAUUGCAAACUUCUGGACCCCCCUGUGGCCUAUGUCCAUGGUGCCUGCUUGGUAUUUCUUGAUGCUUUGGGAUUCAGCAAUACAAAUGCAGCUAGCAUGGCAUCAGCCAGUGCCAGCAGAACCCUAUGUCUACAGUACCUGUUGCAGCAAGUGGAGCAGAUGACGGGGCAGAAAAUAGAUCCGGCCAAAUUUGGUUUAGUUGAAACCUACAGCAAACACGUAGAUGUGACAAAAGCAGAUUUGUUUGGGAUUGAGCCAUUCUAUAUUCCCAAAGGACCACUGAGGGUAUCUUCCCUGACUGACUAUGCCAUCCAUGCACCAACCACUAGCACCAAUGCACAGAGGUUGCUGAGAGCUCUGCAGCUGACACGGCCUGUCUUGCUAGAGGGUUCACCUGGUGUUGGCAAGACCAGCUUGGUAGCAGCUCUGGCUAGAGCUUCUGGGAAUGAAUUGGUCAGGAUAAAUCUGUCCGAGCAGACGGAUGUUACAGACCUGUUUGGUGCAGAUCUUCCUGUGGAAGGUGGGGAAGGUGGUCAGUUUGCCUGGAGAGAUGGUCCACUCCUCAGGGCCCUCAAAGCUGGACACUGGGUAGUACUAGAUGAGUUGAACCUUGCAUCCCAGUCUGUCCUUGAAGGCCUGAAUGCCUGCCUAGAUCACAGGGCGGAGGUGUACGUUCCUGAGCUGGGCAUGACCUUCCAUGUUCAGCACAACAAAACUCGCCUGUUUGCCUGCCAGAACCCCCUGAACCAAGGUGGGGGGAGGAAAGGGUUGCCCAAGUCAUUCCUCAACAGGUUUACACAGGUGUAUGUUGACCCCUUGGGUCUAAAAGAUUUGUUGUUCAUCACCAAAUCAAUGUAUGGCAUGUUUGAUGAAGACCUACUUGUUAAGAUGAUUAAAUUCAAUUCUCAGAUGUAUGAGCAGACAAUGGUGCAGUGUGAGUGGGGGCAGAGAGGUGGUCCUUGGGAGUUUAAUCUCAGGGAUGUGUUCCGCUGGUGUGAUUUAAUGAUAGCCAACCAAUCUCCAGGCCACUGGGCUCCUGAAGAGUAUGUGCACCUCAUUUACAGCAGUAGAAUGCGCACCAACCAGGACAAAGAGAAGGUGCAAGCAUUGUUUAUAGGCGUGUUUGGUGAACAUUGUCAACCCUACACCAGCUCCAGGUUUUUCUGUAUAACUCCUCAUGUUUUGCAAGUAGGACACUCAUUUCUGACAAGACAACAGCAGGUGACCAAUUCUGCUGCAAAUGACCAGACAAAGAGUGCACCAAAGAUACUUCACCACAGCCUGGGACCUCUGGAAGCACUCAUGAAGUGUAUUGAAAUGAAUUGGAUGGCCGUGUUGGUAUGUGGCAAAUAA